AACUCUUAACUUGCUAAAGCCCUAAAAAUUACGAAGCGGGACGGGAGCAUCCAAGAACUGAAACCGUGGCCAAGGCUGAGGCGAGUAAGGGUUUCUAAGGGGACAAUUAAAUAUAAAUCAAAUAGGCAUGAUAGGGUCCUCCUUAACACUUCUGCUCGCGCCGGUCUCUCCUCCCUUUCACUCCUUUAAUCGACUCUCUCAUUUCCAUUCCUCUUCUCUCUCUGCCUCUGAAUUGUUAAGAGUCACAUCUAGAAGACUUGCUUUUGCUACAAAGACACAGGCAAUAUCGACCAUGACGAAUGUAAGUCUGUUUAACCAUUUUUAUGCAUAUUUUAUCUGGUGCAGUAAUAAUGCCAUGAGUCUCUGGGCUAAAAUAAAAGGGAAGAAUACUGAAUUUAAGGGGCCCCCAGCUGUUGGACAGGCUAUAAUGAAAAAUCUUCCUUUGUCUGAAAUGAUAGAAAAUUGCUCUGUGGCAGGACCUGGUUUUGUGAAUGUUGUUUUGUCAAAGACUUGGUUGGCUGAGAAAAUCCAGAAGAUGCUUAUUGAUGGUAUUGACACUUGGGCACCUAAGCUUGCAGUUAAAAGGGCUGUGGUUGACUUUUCCUCCCCCAAUAUCGCAAAAGAAAUGCAUGUUGGCCAUUUAAGGUCUACUAUUAUUGGUGACACGCUAGCCCGCAUGCUUGAAUACUCUAAGGUUGAUGUUCUUCGGCGAAAUCAUGUUGGCGAUUGGGGAACUCAAUUUGGUAUGUUGAUUGAAUUCCUCUUUGAGAAGUUUCCAAACUUUGAAGAUGUUAAUGAAAGCGCUAUUGGGGAUCUACAGGCAUUCUACAAGGCAUCAAAACAGAGGUUUGAUGCUGAUUCCGAAUUUAAGGAAAGGGCACAAAGAGCAGUGGUCCGCCUCCAGGGUGGAGAUCCCAAGUACCGCCAAGCAUGGAUGCAAAUAUGUGACAUCAGUAGGAAGGAGUUUGAUAAGGUCUACCAACGCCUUGGAGUUCAGCUUGAAGAAAAGGGAGAAAGCUUUUAUAAUCCACACAUUCCUGGGAUUAUAGAGGCAUUAAGCAAUCGAGGAUUAGUUGAAGAAAGUGAAGGUGCUCGUGUGAUCUUUAUUGAAGGAUUUAAUAUUCCUCUUAUUGUUGUGAAGAGUGAUGGUGGUUAUAACUAUGCUUCAACUGAUCUAACUGCCCUUUGGUAUCGCCUUAAUGAAGAAAAAGCUGAGUGGAUUAUAUAUGUUACGGAUGUUGGCCAGCAGCAACACUUUGAUAUGGUAUUCAAAGCUGCCAAACGUGCGGGUUGGCUUCCAACUGAUGAUAGCACGUUUCCUAAAGCUAGCCAUGUCGGAUUUGGCCUUGUUCUUGGAGAUGAUGGCAAGCGAUUUAGAACUCGGGCCACUGAAGUGGUUAGGUUAGUUGAUUUACUAGAUGAAGCUAAGACUCGGAGCAAAGCAGCACUUGUUGAGCGCGGUAAGGCUGAUGAGUGGACUGAAGAGGAGCUUGAGCGGACUGCUGAGGCCAUUGGUUAUGGUGCUGUUAAGUAUGCUGACUUAAAGAAUAACAGAUUGACCAAUUAUACAUUCAACUACGAUCAGAUGCUCAGUGAUAAGGGAAAUACUGCUGUUUACUUGUUAUAUGCUCAUGCUCGGAUCUGUUCAAUCAUUAGGAAAUCUGGUAAAGACAUAGAGGAGUUGAAGAAGACAGGGAAAUUGAUCCUGAGUCAUCCUGAUGAGCGUGCUCUGGGGCUUCAUUUAUUACAAUUUGCUGAAACUGUAGAGGAGGCCUGCACCAAUCUCCUGCCAAACGUGUUGUGUGAAUAUCUCUACAAUUUAUCUGAAUAUUUCACCAAAUUUUAUUCCAAUUGCCAGGUCGUUGGGUCAGCCGAGGAAACAAGUCGACUCUUGCUAUGCGAAGCAACGGCUGUGGUCAUGAGGAAAUGCUUUUUCCUUCUUGGAAUUGUACCUGUUUACAAGAUAUGAUACCACAAAUUCAAGAUGUAGAAUUUUGUACCUAUAUUUUCUCAGGCGGUAUAAAAAUUUUGUAUACGGAUCAUAUUGUAUGGUGAUUUUGUUGGAUUUCUCGUGCAACUGAAAAAUAGUUAGGCUUCAAUUGUAUGAUUUCCUGAUUGUAUUUCGCUGUGCAUGCAUCCCAUUUUGAACAUUUAAGGCUUCAAUCAUUGUUGUAUCCAGCCACGUGUGUGUGGUUUGUUGAAGUAAAUAUUUUUGUAAUUUUUUUUAAAAGGAAAAUCCUUUUUUUAAAACAAGGAAAA